AGGGGGAGUAUGUUUGGCGAUGUGAUAUUUGAUCUACCCCAACUUUUAAACUACCAAACAAAAGAAACAUAAUCCCCGACACAAUUCAAACCAAUCACAGGCAAAGGCGGCAAAAGAAAUUCGUUCCAAGCGAUUGAGCAGCGAAUACAAUUCCCCUAGCGCUUGACUCUCCAGACAGCUGAAUCAUAACAUCCAAAAGAAAUAUUAAUGCAUAGGGCAACCUCAGAGGGGGAAAUAGAGCGGAGCUAACUGCAAUUAAAUGGAUCAUGUGAGAUAACGCCCAAAGAAACGGAUUCGUCAUCUACUAUGUAGUUCCAGGGGAAAAGAAGGGAUCAGCUGAUAGGAAAACACCCUCGGCUUAUCGCUGAGUAAGUGAGGCUUGAUUGAGCGCACUAUGGAGCUCAUGGUUCUGAUCAUCCUUGCCAUAGUGGCUGGUAUCCUCAUCGCCACUGUAGCAGCGUCAGGUGUCUACUAUGCCUACCGCACCAAAAAGGACAAGAGUGCCACCCCCAAGGGUAAGAAAGGCGUGGCCCAAGGCAAGGGUAAGCCCGGUGGGGGUGAGCCGGGUUCGUAUGUUGUGUACCAGGACGAGUCUAGGAUGGGUCUCGAGAGUGUUCCGGUGCAGCCUGAGACCCGGCGGCCGAUCCGCCACCCGACGGACGUGUACCCACCUGUGAGGGAGAACGACAAAGAGGAUGACGUCUUGUUGGAGAGCCUGGACAUGGAUUACAACUCCAGCGGAGUCAUGCCCCCGGAGGAGAUGGUGGAAAGAAGAGGAUCUUUGGAAUUUUUAUUACAUUUUUACCAGUUGAGUUCUACACUGACUCUAACAAUGGUCCGUAUGUCCGACUUACCAAGACGGCCGGACACCGGUCAUCCGCCAGACCCAAUCGUCGAGCUAGAGCUCAAGUACGGUCACGAGGGGAAGGUCAAAUCAGAGUCAUACCAGAACACGUGUAACCCGCACAUGUAUGAAAGCUUUCGGUUCGAAGUGCCUGUCAACGACCUCGGAAAUCAAACGCUGUGCUUCCGAGUGAUUGACCUUAUGAAAACCGGAAUCCCCGAAUGGGUACCUCCAACACCACCCCCUCCCCCCAAGGGCAGGAGAAGACAAAAGGAUCUCCCACCUCCGCCGGAACCGCCACCACCCCCUCCCCCCACACUGAUUGGGAAUGUGACGGUUCCGCUUGCCAGUGUUCCUAUGAAAAAACUGUUGUCAGAUACUGAGAUAACAAUAGUCCGUGACAUCAUCAAGCUACGCCGCAAGCGAGUUCCCGCUGAGGUCGAGCCGUCCGGAGAACUAGGAGAGAGUAUGACGAGUGGGGCUGAGGCUACCACGGGUACAUCAGAGUUUGAGGACGCCAUAGAUACCGCGGAUGAGACGUUUGCUGAUUCGAGUCGUGAGGUGUCGGAGAAGUUUACCAAUGUAGACGGGUCCUCGGAAAAGGGAGACGAGGAGCGAGACCGCGUUAGUGACGAAAGGGUGGCCAUUCCGCGACCGCCAGUGUCGUUCGCAGCUGACGAGCUUGGCCAAGAAGGUCAAAUGCUGCUGGUAUCGCUUGCUUACUGGAAACCCUCCGAGAAACUUACAGUGGUGGUGAUGAAAGGGAAGAACCUCAAGUUUAUUGACAAUAGCCGCAAGCCUGACCCCUUUGUCAAACUCUACAUCAUGAUGGGGGCCAAACGACUGAAGAAGAAAAGAACCCUGAAUAAGAAACGCGACGCGAACCCAGUAUGGAACGAGGCGUUUAGCUUCAACAUCCCGCAUCGUUUGCUUCACCGCGUUAGCGUCAUGCUGCUGGCCAAGCAUCACUCCGAGCGCGGGCGCGAGAGACUUCUUGGAAAACUGGUAAUAGGAGCGACAUCAUCCGACGAGACUGUUGACCAUUGGAAUGCUAUGUGUACAACCGGGAAAUCAGUAGCUCGUUGGCACCAUCUCAUAGAAGAGAAGUAGACUAAUUGGGGAAGACCUGUAUAAUAUGUGGAACUUGCAAGAAAUACUAAGUUAUCAUCUGGAGCAUAGAGGGAGAAUUCUCUAUGGAUAAUGAGGGGUUAAUCAAUGGCCGUAAAUGUAAUUAAAAACAUGGGAAAAGCUGCAGGGUUUUAAUCUAGAAAAAGCUAUUAUCCACAAUCCCAAGUAGCUGAAGUUGCGAAACAGGGGCACAUGACAUAUUGGCCCUGUUAAUCGACGUGUGAGGUGUACACAAUACUAGUUUUGAUUUCAUGACUGGUGUAUGUACAUGGUGUUCGUAAACAGGUCGUGUAGCCCGUCAACAAAGUAAUUGGUUGCUUUUAUAAAUCUUGCUUAUUGCACAAUGGACACACCAUUAUUAAUUUGACUGUGGGAUGCAUGUUUUAGACUUUAAACGUGCAAGAGGGAUUGUCUGCUUUCUCCACUCAUAUCCCUAGUGGUCCACCUAUUGUACGCCGACCAUAUAUCAUAAUAUAGUGACGGUGUCUGAAACAAAAUCAUGUCAACGUUAAUGUUCAUUAUUUCUUAUUAUAUAAUUUCACCGAGAUGACGAAGUCGACAAUGCCUUAUAAAACGGUGUAUAGCAUACAAAGUAUGUAUGUGUAAGGUAGUCAUAUAUAUGAUGUACUCCCAUUCGCCUACCCUUGUACCAGUAUAUAUAAGGUUAAUAAAGCAACAGGGAACUAGAAACCUACCAAGACAAUGGUUGUCGUUAGAAAUGAUUGUGCUUAACUGGGCGUGUUAUAUUUCCUUUUGUUAUAGACUAUCAGUAGGCUGGAAAAUCAGAUUCGCUUCUAUGUACAAUAUUAAAACAAAAUCUGGUUGUCAUCUCUGUUAACUGAUUAAACAUUGCCAACAAAAA